GUAUAUACCCAGGUCACAUACCCACCUUCGGGUAACCUAAGGUCACUCCUAUACCCACAAACAAAGCCAUAUCAACAAGGCGAUGAGUUGCUUUGUGUAAAUCUGUGAACCUUAUGAGUAGAUUUCAAGGCAGCGUACCACACUACCGAAAUGGAUUCCUGGUCGUCAAGUUUUGAGCUUACAAGGUCCGUCAACACCAAGGUAGUAGGUACGAGGCCACACACACACACACACACACACACACACACACACACAGAAAGAGAGAGAGAGAGAGAGAGAGAAAAUCUUCGCAGGUGUUCUAGCACAUAUUGAUUCGAGCAACCACUCGUCAGCAGCAGCAGCGAUCCACGGGUGAGCUUGUGCCUGUUGAUAGUUCAUGGUUAGUUUCUGAGCAAAGCACUGCGCUCUGAUCGCCCUGUGUCGGUAUCCGGACUUAUCGUUUUCUAGUGAGUUUUGAGGAGGACUUUAUCUUCUUCCCUCUAUUCCUAGUUCUCUGUUGAACCUGCAACUGAGUGUGUUCCGUAAGAUGGUUUCAAAGCGAAUUCAAAUGCUGCUGGCUCUGGUGUUCGUCACCUACGUAAUCAAUCGCAUUUCACAAAACAACUUAAACUCAGACAGGAGACCGAGAACAGCAGAACGUAACGAGUCGCUAUCAUCUCAAGAUCAAACAGUGACGAACGACGCCAGCGAAGAGAACAGAACCACGGUGGCUCCGUGUGUUAUUUCCCAGUACGAUUAUAAGGGUGUUGCAAUGGAUGACCCACACCUAGUCGACUACAUUCGUCGAGAACUGUUGCAUCCGCCCUCCCCAUUGCCUUAUUCCCUCAAGGACCCUAAAAAGGAGGAUUUCUCGCAGUUUGCCCAGUCGAAGUACGCUGUUAAUGACAUCCUCCAUGGGAUGAGAGGAGGCUUUUUCGUCGAAGCUGGUGCCUUGGACGGAGAGUUCAUCAGUAAUACGCUGUACUUGGAGAAGGAGCUGGGAUGGAGGGGUCUUCUGGUCGAGCCAGACCCCGAGACUUACAAGCUACUGCGUCAAAAGCACAGAAACGCUUUCACAAUCAACGCCGCUCUGUCAACCACCCAGGAGGCGACAGACCUCAUCCUUGAGGUUAAAGAUGAAAUCUUCGGACACGCCCACCUCAGCAAGGAGGGAGUGAGGGUGAAAGGAAUUCCUUUAUACUCGAUCCUUUUAGCGCUGGAGAUCAAGGUCGUGGACUUUUUCUCACUCGAUGUCGAAUCGUUUGAAGUUAAGGUCCUCGAGUCGAUUCCUUGGGAAAAAGUCCAGUUCCGGUUGAUGUGCAUCGAGAUCAACCAUAUUCCCGAAGGACUGGACUACCUGGUCAAGUUCCUGACGGACAAAGGAUACAAGUUCCUGGGCGUCAGGGAGAUCGACGCCUGGUUUGGAUGGCCCAAACUCUUGGAGCAAACAAUGAAGACUUGAUCCAGU